AUGGGACUUAUAAAUGCAAGUACUGGUGGAGAUCUUGAUAAUACGACACAUGAGGAACUGAGGACCUUGUUUAAAAAACUAGCAGAUAAACAAAGAAUCUGGUACAAUCCAAGGAGAGUGGUUGAGAAGAAAGGAAAUACCUUUGGAGCUUCAGUAGAAUCUGAAAGAAUGACAACGGUUGAGGCACAACUAGCUAAUAUUAGCACCCAAAUGACAUCGGUGGUUAAAGCAGUAUCUUCCAUGCAGUUGAACCCACAACCUCAAAUUUUUGCAAUGGUUAAAUGUGGACUGUGUCAAGGGAAUUGGAACCAAGCUGGGUCAAGUAACAAUGGUGGGAACCAAUGGCGAAACAACUCCCAACCCCCUGGUUUUGAUAAGAAACCUUCACUAGAAGAUCAGAUGGGACAGAUAUUCUCUUUCAUGUCAAAGAGUAAAAAAGAGAAUGAUUUCUUCAAAGAGAAAACAAUUGAGAAGUUUGGACAACUCGAGGCUUCUAUGAGGAAUUUGGAAACACAAAUAGGGCAGCCUGCUACAACUUCUCAUACAAGAACUCCCAGCACCAUUCCAAGUAAUACAGUGCCCAACCCCAAGGGAAAUUGCAAAGCAGUCACCCUGAGAAGCGGAAGAAAUUUGGAUUCAAUGCCUUUAACGGACGACCAAGGAGAGAAAGACAAAAAGGUCAAUGAGACAGAACCUAAGAAGAGCAAGUCUAGUAUUCCUAAUGACAUUCCUCCAUAUCCAUUCACGAGAAAGAAGCGAGUGCGGCAAGAAAAGAGUUUUGAGUGGAUGAUGAAUGUGAUUAGAAAGGUGAAUAUAGACAUCUCAUUGGUGGAUCUUUUCACCAAUUUCCCGAGAUUCUCCAAGUUCUUCAAAGUCAUAAUGGCGAACAAGGAGAAACUUCAGAAUGAGGGGAUUGUGACAUUGAGCACGAAUUGCUCACAACUGAUAUUUGGAAUUAUGCCGACGAAGAGAAGAGAUCCAAGAGGUUGCAUCAUACCAUGUGAAAUUGGCAACACGAUUUUCUCAAAGUGUUUAUUGGACCAAGGUUCAGGGAUCUCACUGAUGGCAUGGAAAAAGGCUCGUGCCAUUGGUUUGGAGGAAAGAAUGGAGCCUAUCGACAUCGCUCUACAAUUGGUUGAUCACUCCAUAGUGAAGCCCACUGGAAUUGUUGAGGAUGUCUUGGUUAAAAUCGAUAAGUUCAUCAUUCCCGUUGAUUUUAUUGUGCUCGACAUGCCAGAAGAUAAAGAAGUGCCAAUUUUGUUUGGUAGACCAUUUCUAGCAACGGGAUAUGUAUUGCUUGGAGCAAAAGAUAACUCUGUUACGUUCAGAAUUAAUGGUGAGCAACUGACCAUCAAUGUUGAGAAGGCCUAUGUUGGUGGUGAAAGUGGUAAGGAAGCAAGAGAGGUGGUCACCUUAGAGAGUCCGAAAGUGUAG